AUGGGCACUCUACGUAGCAGCCAUUCACAACAGUUGGUGCUGACCCAUACCCCAGCCAUUAUAUCACAGGACAAUAUAAACAGUUUCAAUCUCACUAACAAUAAUAACCAUAAUAAUAACAAGUCCAACUCCAACAGUGUCCACCAAAAUAUUAGCCACGACACUCAGAACAGUCAGAGCUCUAUGAGCGGAUCCCAAACAUCUACAAUCAAACAUAAUACCAAUAACAUGAACUUGCCCAAGCCAAAUAUACUAUCCAAGAAGAAAAAACGGCGGGGUAAAAAGAAGAUCCAUAAUAUAUCCGAAGCCAACGCUGAUAAACACAACGAAAUCGAUGAAAAGAGUAUCUCAACUCAGAAUAAUGCUUCGAAGACCUCUAAUUCUAAUACAACACUCAAUUCGAACACAAUACUUACAACAAAUGCUGUUGGUGUAGAUCUGAUCCAAACAAAUAUCAAUACUGAAAGUAAUGCUAAUGAUUCUUCACCUUCUACGAUACAAGAGUCUACAAAGCACGAUCGUUUGCUCCCAAACAACCAUAUAAUAAAACAAAACGCCAAGUCAGCCGAUUUAAUUGUUCCAUUUCAGAAAUCUUUGGAUCCCCCUAUAACCAUUAAAACAACCAAGUCUACCAAUUUGAGCCCUAGAAAACAAGCAAUUAUGAGAUACAAGAAGAGCGAUGAAUUUCUUUCCGAGCGCUCGUACAUUGCUGAGGCAAAGGAAAACUUGAAGGCUCUGAACAGAAGCCCCGUAAGCAUGGCUAUACACGAGAGUCCAGACAAGCCUAUUGUCAGAGCCAACUUGAAUAUGGACGAAAAGGUAACCCUCUUCAAAUACAAAUCAUCCAAGAUUAUAGUCGUAGACGAGCAGCACAACGAGUCUAACUCUAAUUCCUCCUCGGGAAGACUAUUGGGACAUGGCGAGUUUGAGGUCUUUCAAUUGCACAACGGAGAUGUCACCUACCUUUCUUGCGGACCAUCUUUCAUAUACCCGUUGUUUUCCAAACAGAAACUAUUACGAAUCGGCUUCAACCAGUUUAUUCUUCCUCUUGUAAAUCCCGAACGAUACUGGAAAAUCUUCAUCAACUCGGACGAACCCAAUGUCAUAGAGGUGUUGGAGAGUUCGUUCGAAAGAGUUGUCAAGUACAGAAACUUGUAUUUCAAAUCGAAGGAAACGGAAACUCCACGCGUUGGCCAUUAUCCCAUAGAAAGCUCGCCACCCAGCAACAUUAACGACCAGCCUCACGAACUCAAAAGUCUUUCUAUCAUUGACGAAUCGGAUGCUAACAACUCCAAUUCUACUCCCGUUCUUCCUACUCUUGAAGAAUGCCAAUUCCCCAGCAUAUCAAAUGUUCUUCCAGAAUCUCCCCCUUCAGCGCCAAUUUCUCCUCCUCAUGGAUAUCCUGAAAUAUCGCUUGACUUCAACAUGAGUCCUUCUAAGAAGCUGAGUUUUCCUGAUUGGUCACUAUCGAAGAAGACUUCAAAUCACUCGUUUUCUACGUCGAUAGCCUGUUUGGACCUCAACGGAAAAUUGAACAAAACAGUUCCGGAAAAGACUGAAAGUAGAAGAUAUACCCAACCAAACAUACACCAACCAAUUCCUAAGCAAUUGGGUGGACAGCCACAGCACCAUUCCAAUCCUUAUGUUUUGGCACAUUCACAUCAGAAACUGGCCGAUCACAAAUCGGACUCUUCCAUGGAUUCACUUCUAGAUGAGUACGAGGAAAAUAUCAACACCACGAAAUCCAUCACUUUUACUAGGUCUAGACCUCCUUCUAGGCAGCACUCCGUGACAUCCAACUCGUUGGCCAAAUUGCCCAAUUACAACCGUGGAGCGUACUUCCAUGGACCCAUAGAUGUAGAUGAAAAGUCGUCACAUGGUGGUGGUGAUAUUGAAGACUUCCCGACAACGUCUUUAAGUGAAUACAACAGAAUUCAUCAGGAGAAUACCCGUCCAGAAGUUUCUCGUUCCAGAAGAUCUACUCGCAGUGAAUUGUAUGCCACAGAAUCGAACUGGAUGGAACCCAACAUUGAUUACAGUAAGACUGUUGGUAGAAUUCCCAAGUCCAGAUCCAACUAUAGUAUCAGUAGUGCUCAAAGUGUUGAUUUGAAUAGCACCUACAAGAAUAUCUAUAGGACUAUCACACAGCGAAACUCGAAGCAAUUUGUAGAUGAUGAUACCAAGUCGUCCAAGUCACAGAGAUUGCCUACCAUCACUGCACAUGUACGGUCAGAUUUCACCCAUCCAACACCAACCAGUAGAAACAAUCUUUCCCAUAGAAGUAGCUACGCCAACAGUAUCAAGAGUGAAAGAACAACUUCUCGAAACAGUGCCAACACUUCAGCAAACACUAGCUCCAACAACGUUGACUUGAAGCUCGACUCCACCGAGAUCUACAAAUUGAUCAGUUCCAGAAGACCGGUGAAUUCUGUCAAUGCCAACACGAAUGGGUUGCGGGAAGUUAGAAACACUCCGAUUCCCAAGAGUACCAGCUUUGCUUCUCGCUUGUUUGGAUGGUGA